GCAAACAAAAACAUCAACGGCUCAAAACGAGUCGCCUCCCAUUUCCAACAAAACCCUGCGGCAGUGGCACCCAAAACCAAACAGACUACAGACCUUCACAGGGUCCGUACACUAUAAUUUCUAGGGUUUCUUAGAGAUCGCCGAUUCAAGAUGUACCGUGCAGCGGCUUCUCGCCUCCGGGCUCUCAAGGGUUUGACAUGCCAUAGAGUACCUGCAAGGUUUUCAACUUCUGUUGCUGCUGCUACAACAUCAUCCUCUUCAGGUGGCCUCCUUGGUUGGUUCACUGGGGGUCAGUCCAACUCCAUACCAUCACUAGAUUUUCCUCUACCAGGUGUAGCUCUACCAUCUUCAUUGCCUGACUAUGUUGAACCUGGUAAAACUAAGAUUACAACUCUUCCAAAUGGCCUGAAAGUUGCUUCAGAAACCUCAGCGAAUCCUGCAGCAUCAAUAGGAUUAUAUGUUGACUGUGGUUCAAUCUAUGAGUCACCUGCCUCAUUUGGGGUCUCACACCUGCUUGAGCGUAUGGCCUUCAAGAGCACAACAAACCGCAGCCAUUUGCGGAUUGUUCGGGAAGUAGAGGCAAUUGGUGGCAAUGUACAAGCUGCAGUUUCUCGGGAGCAGAUUGGAUAUACCUUUGAUGCUUUGAAGACUUAUGUUCCUGAAAUGGUAGAGCUGCUUAUUGACUGUGUGAGAAACCCAGCUUUCUUGGAUUGGGAGGUGAAUGAACAGCUUCAAAAAAUGAAAGAGGAAAUUGCUGAAGCUGCAAAGAAUCCUCAGGGCUUGCUCUUAGAGGCCAUUCACUCAGCUGGUUAUUCUGGUGCAUUGGCGAAUUCUCUUUUAGCCCCUGAGUCUGCUGUAAAUACAUUGAAUGGUACAGUUUUGGAGGAUUUUAUCCUGGAAAACUUUACCGCUUCUCGGAUGGUACUUGCAGCAUCUGGUGUUGAAAACGAGGAACUGUUAUCUGUUGCCGAGCCACUUUUAUCAGAUCUUUCCAAUGUUCCUCGUCCUCAGGAGCCAAAAUCUGUGUACACCGGCGGUGAUUAUCGCUGUCAGGCUGAUUUAGGGGAUCAAACACAUUUUGCUCUUGCAUUUGAACUUCCUGGUGGUUGGCACAAGGAGAAGGAAGCUAUAAUUUUGACUGUUCUUCAGAUUUUAAUGGGAGGGGGUGGAUCAUUUUCAGCUGGUGGCCCUGGGAAAGGAAUGUAUUCAAGACUAUAUGUCCGUGUGUUGAAUGAGUAUCCACAAGUUUAUUCAUUUUCAGCAUUCAACAGCAUUUACAAUCAUACUGGCAUAUUUGGAAUACAAGCUACCACUGGUUCUGAUUUUGCACCAACUGCCAUUGAUGUAGCUGUCAAGGAGCUUAUUGCUGUUGCAACACCUGGACAAGUUGACCAAAUACAACUAGACCGUGCUAAACAGUCAACCAAGUCUGCAAUUUUGAUGAAUUUGGAAUCUAGAAUGGUUGCUUCAGAAGAUAUUGGGAAACAAGUCUUGACAUAUGGUGAGAGGAAACCUGUGGAGUAUUUCUUGAAGGUUGUUGAUGAGAUUACACUGAAGGAUAUUUCUUCGAUAGCUCAAAAGCUUCUAUCGUCUCCUCUCACAAUGGCAUCAUAUGGAAAUGUUAUUAAUGUCCCAAGCUACGAUUCAGUUAGCCGCAAAUUCAAGUGAAAAAUGAAAUUGCUUUCCUGUGUCAAACUUGACAUGUAUCCGACCUUGUUUUACAGUGUUAUGCAUCCGAAUACCUUCGACUUCUUUUGCAACAAGGUGCACCCAUUUUUAACAAUAAAAUUGUUCCUCAGCAAACAAUCGAUUAGUGAAAUAGCUUCUGCAGACAAUGGGAUACUUGUAUGUUUUCUGCUGAAUUCCAUGAUUUUGGUCAUGGUUGGGGAAAAGUGUCUCCAAACUUUUUAUUUUUUUCACGUCUGUUUUAAAAAUUACCCAAAGCAAAUUCAAGAAUUAUUUUUUUACUCCGAGCAUACAUUUCGACUUGAAAUUUUUUGGUGUAUAUGUUAAGAACAUUGCCCUUUAUGGCACAAUUUUCAGGUUUUAUUUUGCACAA